UUAAAAAUGAUAAGUUGGUUCAUAAUCUCCGUGUAAGUGAUUCUAGCGUUUCAAAACCCCGACUGAAAUACGUUUUAUUAACGAAAUCAACGUGUUUUUUCCGGCAAUUACCGUGAAUUUUCACUAAAUCGGACGCACAGCCAAGAAUCACCAUUGGAAUUGGAAAGUCCAAAAUAGAUCUGCGGACGGUUGACUGUGGUACUGUUGUAAACGACCACUCGUUGGAUUAUCAAUUCUCCUUGGAUUAUACAGAAAAAUAAUGAACAAAAAAAGAGAUAAAUGGGAUAUCUGUCGCACCUGUGGUAACACAGCAGAUGUUGAAAUAUUUGGCCGUGAUGGAGUGACUUUACAGCUAGAAGAAAAAAUUAACACCUAUCUUCCUAUUACAGUUUCCAAGAAUGAUAAUCUACCACUCAAAUUAUGUAAUGUGUGCAUCAGUCGGUUAGAAAAUUGUCAUUGCUUGAUUGUAUCAACUAUUGAAAUGAAUAAAACAUUAGAAGAGGUUAUGAAAAAAAAACAAAUAAAAAAUAAUUCCUAUAAUCUUAUUUCAUCAAAACAAUACCAUGAACGAACUCAUACAGGAGAGACAACUCAUCAUUGUGAAUUUUGUGGCAADGGAUUCAAUUCAAAAUUGACACGUGACACACACAGGCGUAUUCAUACAGGCGAACGUCCAUUUGGAUGUCCGAUGUGUAGUGCUACAUUUCGUUGUUUAGCAAAUUUACGCCAACACCAAAUGGUCCAUGAGCCAGUGAAGCCAUUCCAGUGUCAGGUCUGCUUUAAGCGUUUUGGGCGUCCUGAAAAAGUGCGAGUUCAUAUGCGUACGCACACUGGUGAAAGACCAUACAAAUGCCCAAUUUGUGGACGUGGUUUUACCCAAAAGAAUGACAUGCUCAAGCACACCAAUGUCCAUAAUAAGCCGCCCCGACGGACCAAUUCACAAAUGAAGAAUUCUGACAUAGUAAUUCCCGUUAACAAUAAAUCUCCACAGUAUAAAAAUGUAAGUAUAAAAGAACUACAAGACAUUUGUUAUGAUGUCUCCAACAGUUAUGAAAGCUCAGAAAACGGAAACGAAACAGAAAGUAGUUCAAUCCUUUGAUUGAAGGUCAAUAGUGAUUUAAUCGAAUGUUACAUAUAAAUUAUCCUGGUGAAAAAUGUUAUGUUUAUUUUAUUAAGUCUUAGGCUAUUGUUAAAUUCAUCAUUCUUAUUUUUUUACAAUAUUUAUCAUACAUGUACAUAUCUAUUAUCUAUAUAAAU